AUGGACAAUAUAAAAAUAGAUAUAACACAAUAAUAAAAAGAAUACUUAAUAAAAAUAAUAGAAACAUCCAAACAUUUUUUCUAAAAACUUUUAAAAGUUUACCCGAUAAAAGGAAAUAACAUUUAUUCUUCAUAUUGGCCUGACGACUGUUUAGGUACUGAAAUUCCUUAAUCUUAUAAAAGAGUAGGAAUUCCCGAUUCGGAUUUAAACUUACACAUAAUUUAUAAUAAUGAUGAUAAUGGAGUAAUUGCUGACGCAGUCUAUUGUUCAAUGUCAGAUGAAGGAAUAACAAGACCUACUUUUGGAGAAGUAAAUUUUAACAUAUAAAAUAUAUUAAAAACAGAAGAAACUCCAGUAACUUUCAAAAUUGAUUUAGACUCGACAAUACAUGAAAUUUUACAUGUUGUCGGUUUUUCAUUGAACUCUAUGUAUUAUUGGAUAAAUCCUGAAACUAACAAUAUCUAUAAAUUUAGCUAUGAAGAAAAAUUAUAAAAAGUAAAAACAAUCAGAAAUAUAAAAACUGUACUUUUAACAUCGAAAAAUGUAGUAGAAGUUACUAGAAAAUAUUAUAAUUGUCCAACAGCUGAAGGUAUGCAAAUUGAAAAUUAAGGUGAUAUAGGUUCAAUUGGCUCUCAUUGGGAAAGAACCAUUCUUUAUAAUGAAUAUAUGACUUCCUCUAGAAUUACUGUAAAUAAGGUUUUUUCUAUAUUUACAAUUGCUGCUUUGAAAGAUACUGGAUUUUACCCUGAAGUAAAUGAUAAUAUGGCUGACUAGAUUUAUUGGGGAAAAGGAAAAGGUUGUGAAUUUUUUGAAAAUGCUUGUUAUAGUUAAACUUAAUUCCCUGAAUUUUAUUAUAAGUCUGACGAUGAAUAUUAAUGCUCAUUUGAAAAUGAAGGUCUAGGUUUACCUGAUGUUGACUAAUUUUGUGAUGGAUAUGCCAUUUAUUCAAAUGUUCCUCCGAUGCAUCUUAAAUAACUAUUAAAUUUCCCAGCAUUUAAACAUGAAAUUAUAUGUGGAAAAGGAGACUAAGGUAAAUAAAUAGACAUUGAUAAAACUCAAUAAAAAGCUAGAGGUUAAUUAACAUGUCCUUUAGAUUAUAAUAGAUUUUGUAAUUAUACUCCUUUAUGUCCCAAUUACUGUUAUUCAAACGGAGUCUGUGUGAACGGUCAAUGUAUCUGCAAAACAGGAUAUGGAGGUGUCGAUUGUUCUAUAUAAUGCUCCGGAGUAGUCUUUAAUUCUAAGUGUUUAGAAUAGUCAUAAUGUCCUUCAGGUUUCUUUUUGAACCCAGAUAAUACUUGUAAAUUAGAUUGUGCUUUCGGCUAUUUCGAAUAUGAUGGAAAAUGCAAACCAUGUAAUAUUGAUUGCUCUAGAUGUACAGGACCAUCAGAUAAAUAGUGUACUAAGUGUUAGUUUUUGAAAUUAUUGCAAGAAAAUUAGUGUGUGGAUAAAUGUGAUGAGAAAUAAGGAUAUUCACCUAAUUAUGAUUUGGGUAUUUGCGAGAUUAAAUAUUUUUAAUGUAAAGGAAAUUGCGAAACUUGUGAAUAAUAAAAUUCUACUGUUUGUUUGUCUUGUAAAAAAGGCUUUUUUAAAUAAGAUGAUAAGUAGUGCUCAAGCAAAUGUCCUUAAGGACUUGUCGGAAACUAAGAAACAUAAGAAUGUGUAAGACCUUCUGUUGGAUGUCUUUAAUAAAAUGAUUCUAGUACAUGUAAUAUAUGUGAUACUAGUAAAGGAUAUAGAUUAGGUUCAGAUAAAAAGUGUACUUUGUGUAAGUAAAAUUGUUCCUAAUGUAAUCCUAAAAAUGUAGAAGAGUGUUUAGUUUGUGACGGAAAUAAAUUCCAAAUUUACGGUACUAGUUGUGUAGAAAGAUGUCCAGAUUCUAGUUUUUUAUCUAAUAUUAGUGGAAAAUGUGAAAAUUGUUCUCAAAAAUGUUAAUAAUGUAAUUAAUCAGGUUGUAUAAAAUGCGAAGAAGGCUAUUAUAUUGAUACUAAAACAAAAAAGUGUGCUUAGUGUUCUUCUAAAUAUACUAAUUGUUAAUCAUGUGAUAGUCUAUCUUGUAAAAAAUGUAAUAAUGGAUAUUAAUUUGAUCCUUUAAAAAAAUAAUGCUAAUAAAUCUCUGUUAAAUCUGGAACUAUUGUAAAAACUGGAACUACUGUAAAAACUGGAACUACUGGCACUACUGGAACUAAUAUAAAAAAUGGAACAACUGGAACUACUGUAAAAAAUGGAACAACUGGAACUACUGUAAAAAAUGGAACUACUGGAACUACUGUAAAAACUGGAACUACUGGAACUACUGGAGCUACUGGAACUACUGGAACUGCUGGAACUACUAAAACUACUGUAAAAACUGGAACUACUGGAGCUACUGGAACUGCUGGAACUACUAGAACUACUGCAAAAACUCGAACUACUGGAACUACUGGAGCUACUGGAACUACUGGAACUGCUGGAACUACUGGAACUACUGGAACUACUGUAAAAACUGGAACUACUGUAAAAACUGGAACUACUGUAAAAACUGGAACUACUGGAAAAACUGGAACUACUGGAAAAACUAGUAAUACUGGAGUUACAGGAAACAAAGGAAAUACUGGAAUACAAGGAAAUAAAGGAAUAUAAUGCCCAACCGGAUGUAAAGAAUGUAAAUAAUCUGGACAAUGCUUAUCAUGUAAUUAAGGUUUAAUUUUUGAUAAUAGCACGAAAUAAUGCGUUAUUUGCUUAAAAAAAUACAGUGAUUGUAAAGAAUGUACGGAAACUAAAUGCACAUAAUGUGUUUCUGGAUAUACAUAUAAUGAUUAUUAAGGAGUCUUUGGUUUUUUUAUUGUAUAUGUUUUAUUUGGAUUAUUACUGUGA